GUAAUUGUAUACGUCACUUUCACUAUCAGAUUUUCGUGCGAAGUCCCUACGAUCUAAAUAUUUUCUUUACGUACAGGAAAGUUAAUAUUGUAGUUUCAAUUGUAAGGAGUAGCUGUGAUCAAAAUGGCUAGCAUACCCCUAAUGUAUGCUCAAGAGGACUGUGAGCUGGGAGGGAAAGACAACAUUGAGGAUGAUUUUGCAUACCGUAACAAUGUAAUGAACGCUGAUAAGGAUAUUCGCCUGGGAUUUGUCCGGAAAGUGUAUGGCCUACUCACAAUACAACUGUUGGCGACUGUGGCUAUUGCUGCAGUAUUUCUUCUUGUGAAACCUGUUCAGAGUUUCAUACAUCAAAACGAAUGGAUGGUUUUCAUUGCAUUUAUUCUGAGCAUGGUAACAUUGUUCGCUCUCAUCGCUAAAAGGAGGGAUUAUCCUGUCAACUUAUAUCUACUGGCGGCUUUUACUGCGGUACAAGCAUACACAAUUGGCGUCGUCGUCUCCUACUACAAUACAUUUGUGGUCCUCCAAGCCUUAGCGCUCACUUUCACCGUAGUGUUCGCUCUAACCCUGUACACGUUGAACACUAAACGCGACUUUUCUUUCGUUGGAUAUGGUCUGGUAGCUGGUCUCAGUGUCUUGAUCAUUGGAGGCUUUAUCCAGAUCUUCUUACAAAGUUCUGCAUUUGAAGUUGCACUAUCCUUCACCGGAGCCAUCUUCUUCAGUCUCUUCUUGAUCUUUGACACACAACAGAUGAUGACCACACUCUCCCCGGAAGAAUAUAUCUUGGCCACCAUCAACCUAUACAUGGAUAUAUUGAACUUGUUCCUGUACAUUCUGCGAAUCCUGAACGAAAUAAACAGGAAUUAGUCAUAGUCAUCUUUAGAUGUUGCCAGCACUAAAAAUUGUAGUUUGGUACCACAUAUUUUAUUAGAUUCAGUGUUGCUUUUAAAAUAUAUACAAGACACAGGUAUAUAGCGGAUUUAUUUAGAAAUUAUAUUUUCUCUUUUUUUGUUUUCUAAAACAUUCCUGUUUUUUUUGUAUUGUUAAAGUAAAUGUUAAAUUCGUAGGUACUUAAUAUUUUUUACAAAAUAGUAUCUUUAUUUCUUGCACUCGAUGUGUUUAAGCUUAAUUCACAGUAUUAAUAAAAUCUUGUCUUAUUCUAUUUUUAAACUAACCACGAAGUAUAUCUGUGAAAACAAAUAAUAUCAAAGGGUUAUUUUCUAUGACAUAAAGUUUGUUUAAAACAAACUCGAUUGUAAAUAAUGUGUAAUAAAUUUUAUUUAAUUGUUCAA